GGUCUUUAGGGUUUCAUUUUUAUGGGAGAUUUAUAAAACCCGGCGCAACAAGUAGUCUGCAGCUUUGCUGCUCAAAGUAAAACCCUAACGCCAGAGUAUUUUCUCCACUGCGCAGCAGAAGCAGCAACGACAAUGGUAAAGUACUCGAGAGAGCCUGACAAUCCCACCAAAUCUUGCAAGGCUAGGGGAUCCGAUCUCAGAGUUCAUUUCAAGAACACCAGGGAGACAGCACAUGCUAUUAGGAAGCUUCCCCUAGGCAAGGCCAAGAGGUAUUUAGAGGAUGUGCUUGUUCACAAGCAGGCCAUACCUUUCACCCGCUUCUGUGGAGGUGUAGGCCGAACUGCUCAGGCAAAAAACAGGCACUCGAAUGGACAGGGACGCUGGCCUGUGAAGUCUGCUAAAUUCAUCUUGGAUCUGCUUAAGAAUGCUGAAAGUAAUGCUGAGGUGAAAGGCUUGGAUGUGGAUGCUCUCUACAUUUCUCACAUUCAGGUUAACCAGGCGCAGAAGCAAAGACGCCGAACAUACCGUGCUCACGGAAGAAUAAACCCAUACAUGUCAUCUCCCUGCCAUAUUGAGUUGAUUCUAUCCGAAAAGGAAGAGCCAGUCAAGAAGGAGCCUGAAUCCCAAUUGGCAACAAGCAAACCCAGGAAGGCUUGAGCUUUGUACCGAGUGGUCUAUCAUAUAGUUGAACAAGUUUUGAGAAAACUCCACCGUUUCUGUCCUUUCCUUUUGGAGAUGAAUUUUGCUAUUUAUUUUUCUAUUUUAGAGGAUUAUUGGAUUGACCAAAUUUUAUGCCAUGUUUUGAUGAUAUUAUUUUUCUAUGAUCUUUAAGUGUUGCUAGAAUUUGCAACCGUGCUUGCGUGGA